UGAAUCCCUCUUUUGCAGCCCGAACCAUUUGGAACGAGCUAAUUUUAGCACCAGCCUUCUCGGCGCUAAGCGGCAAGGCUGGGCCAACCCUCAGAAGUCUCCUGUGCCAUGGAAGCCAUCGCCACCGAUCGUUCCGGUGGAUCGUGCCCAGCUGCCGGCCCGGUUGCUGCGGCUUUCGGCCUCGGCUGAAGAGUCGGCGCAUUCUGCCACGGGUGGGAAUGUGCGUCUCAGUCCGUCAGGUCGUGAUCCGGGAACUUGGAUCCUCGCGCUUAGGCCCACCUUCGAACCCCACCAGAGCGGGUGGAUCACGACCUGACGUCGACGUACCGGAACCAGGGCCGGUUGGAGGAGGCCGAGAAGCUGGAGGUACAGGUGAUGGAGACUCGCAAGACGAAGCUCGGGGCCGAUCAUCCCUCGACGCUGACCAGCAUAGGCUACCUGGCGUCGACAUACCAGGGCCAGGGCCGGUGGGAGGAGGCCAAGAAGCUAGAGGUGCAGGUGAUGGAGACGAGCACGACGAAGCUCGGGGCCGAUCAUCCCUCGACGCUGACCAGCAUGGCCAACCUGGCGUCGACGUACUGGAACCAGGGCCGGUGGGAUGAGGCGGAGGUACUACAAGCCAAACAACUUGAACUGUGUUCGAUGAAGCUAGGUCAACGGCACCCCGAUACUCUGAUCAGCAUGAAGAAUCUAGUCUUUGUUUGGAAGGGCAUGGGUCGCCACGAAGAUGCUCUUGGCCUACUACAAUCUUGCUCUGAUCUCCGGCAACAGGUGUUAGGCGCAAGUCAUCCGUACACGGCGUCUACGCUGUCAACUCUGAAGGCAUGGCGAAAGGAGAACGAACAGGGGCCAGUACAGUAGUCUCAAUUAUUGUGAUGAACAACGCGUCAAUUGAUUCUAUUCUCUUCC